CGCUUCUGUUUUUGUCUACUUUCUGAAACACGCCCAAGGAAAUCUUCUUUCUCCCUUGUUCUCCCGAGUUUGCCAGUCACAUGCAACUGGACUACGGCUCCGUUGCGAGUUCUGAGCAGCUGCAACCGGAGACGUGUGCCUCUGUUGCUUUCCAUCGCGUCUCCUCAACUCGCUACUUUUCCGCAAUUUUUGCUGCAGUUCGCUUCAGUUCCCUUUUCUCUUUUCUCCAGCGUACACCAUAGCAUCAAUACAAAGAGAUGUAUUUACCGUCGAAGAUAGGACAGAAAGGAGACGAAGUAGACAAGAUGAAGAGCGCGAAUGAAGAGGCGAGUCCGUCGGGGAGCAGCUCGGGGAGAAGCACGAAGAGCCCCGGCGUCUUCCCGACGUUCUCUGUCGCGGCGAUUCCGCCUCGAGCUGCUGUGUCCUCUCUGGCGACGCGCGGCAUCUUCGAUCUCUCAGAGAGACCGAAAGAAAUCUCGUGUCGAAACGACGACGCCUUCGUCGCUCACGGGGCCUACCUCCUCUUCAACGCGAUCAAGCGAAAACUGACGGAAAGCUCGUAUGCCAAGGUUGUCAUUGGACUCUCCGGCGGCUCGACGCCUCUGCCGAUUUACUCGGCUCUGCGGCACUUGGCCCUCGCCUCGGCGGACCAUGAACCUGGACGCGCAGCGACGCAUCUGGCAACGGCGGUUCCGGAGUUUUCGGAAGAACUGCAGAGAGAUGCGAAGGGAAGCGACUCUGCGCUCGACUGGACGCGCGUCUUCUUCUUCCUUGUCGACGAGCGCUACGUGCACCCGACGCAUGCAGACUCGAAUCAACGCAGCAUUCGGAAGCAUCUUCUCGGCCAGCCGAACGGCGUUGCGUGCGACCAGCCUGGCGCAGAGUGUGGAGGCGACGUUCUCCCGGUGCCGGAGAAAAAUUUGAUUUUCCCAGACACCUCACUCCCCCUCGAAGACUGCAUCGUCAAAUAUCGAUCGGCACUGCUCGAGCUGCUCGCUGCGACGCAGCAGAUCGACUUGGUGACGUUGGGCCUCGGACCGGACGGUCACAUCGCCUCCAUUUUUCCUCCUCUCUCUGAGGAGGAUCUGAAGGAGCAGAUGAACCCCAAUCCCAUUGUCCUUCACACGACAACUUCCCGAUUCGCUGGGUUCGACAGAAUCACCGUUUCCCUGCAGCUGCUCUGCGGGGCCCACCAAAAGGUUUUCUUUUUGAAAGGAGACGAAAAGAUCCGGCUCUGGCGCGACAUGCAAGACGACGCUCGAUCUAAAUCGGUCGCCGAAUUUCCAGCUCUCGCGGUGCUCCAGUCGGGGAACGUGAAGGUGGUGGCGGUGCCCCCUCUGGACGUGCAUGAGGAGCAUCUGCAGCAGCAACUUCGCGCAGACCGAACGUUCCUCUCCGUCGUGGUUCUCGGCGCCAGUGGAGACUUAGCUCACAAGAAAACUUAUCCUGCUCUCUUCAGUCUCUUUUGCGAGGGGCUCCUGCCCCCGCACUUCCACAUUGUGGGGUAUGCGCGGUCAAAGAUGACAUUCGACCAAUUCUGGGAGAAGAUCUCGCAGAAACUCAAGUCGCUGAGCUCCUUCUUCUGUCGACGCGCGUCUGCUAUUGACCUGCUUGCGAGCUUCAAGAGUCACUGCAGCUACUUGCAAGGAUUGUACGACCGCCCUGCGGACUUCGCGAACUUGGGGAAUCAUCUGAAGGAGGUCGAGGGCGAUGCAGAGCAGGUGGGCCGCGUCCUCUACCUCGCGCUCCCUCCCGACGUCUUCCUUCCCAGUGUGAAGAGCUAUCGACAGUCUUGCUGGAACACUAAAGGCUGGAACCGCGUGGUGGUGGAGAAGCCGUUCGGCCGCGACCUGAAGAGUUCAGACAAGCUUUCCGCCAGUCUCAUGGCGCUUCUCAGAGAGCGAGAGAUCUUCCGAAUCGACCACUACUUGGGCAAGGAGAUGAGUUUGAGUCUCACAGCCCUGCGCUUCGCGAAUGUCGCGUUCAUGCCUCUUUUCCAUCGCGACUACGUCCACAGCGUCCGGAUCACCUUCAAAGAGCAGAGCGGCACUUGGCGCCGUGGCGGCUACUUCGACAAUUACGGGAUCAUUCGCGACGUCAUGCAAAACCACAUGAUUCAACUCCUCACGCUUGUCGCCAUGGAGCGGCCUGCCUCACUCAAAGACGACGACAUUCGAGACGAGAAAGUGAAAGUCUUGAAGCAAAUGCCGCCAGUCAAAAUCAGCGAAACCGUCUUGGGUCAGUUCACCAAGUCUGUAGAUGGACAACUGCCAGGCUACACAGACGACGACACCGUGCCGAAGGACUCGAAGACGCCGACCUUCUGCACAUGCGUCCUGUGGAUCAACAACGAGCGAUGGAGCGGCGUUCCGUUCAUCUUCAAGGCUGGAAAGGCGCUAGAGAGCAAAACGACGGAGGUGCGGGUGCAGCUGCGCGAGGCUCCGGCGGGCGCCUCGUUUUUCCACGAACCAAAUCUGACUCCCAACGAGCUCGUGAUUCUUGUUCAACCCCACGAGGCUGUGUACUUGAAGAUUCACACGAAGAAACCUGGACUUCUUAGCCAGGGCCUGCAGCCCACUGAGCUCGACCUGAGUGUGAUGGAUCGUUUCGACGUGGAGCGCCUGCCCGACGCCUACGAACGACUUCUCCUGGACGUCAUUCGCGGAGACAAGCAGAACUUUGUGAGAACAGACGAGCUUCGGGAGGCUUGGCGGAUCUUUACUCCCCUGCUUCACGAAAUCGAGGAGAAGAACAUCGACCCUUUGCCCUACCCAGCGGGAUCGUCGGGACCAAGUGCUUCCUACGAUUUAAUUCAAAAAUAUUACAGUUACAAACAAAGCAACUACAAGUGGACCCCGCCAAAGCGCGAGACUUCUUCCGACACUGUCCAGUGAGAAGAGGAUCCAUCGCCGCAGAGGUCGACUCGUUUUCGUCGAUCUGUCAACCGAAUGAAGUUCUCUUCUUCUUUGAUGGAUCGACAGAAGGAAGGUUUCUGCUCUUUCAUUUAUCCGCGUCACACAGCAGCUCUCUUGGCCUGCGUAGACUUGGCCGUGGUCUCUGGCGAUUUUUUGGUGAGGGAAGCCCAGGUGUCAAAGAUGUCUCCGCGUCUGCGCAGCGGUGGGUGUCGCUAGACGAAGUAACAUGCGUUUUGCUUCGAAUCUGGACUUGCAUGAGCCUGUGCUGAGGCGUCCAUUGAGGAGUUCCGGGAUCGAGCUGCUCUCCGUUUCGUGAGACACUUUCACGAGUGUGAAAGCGUCUGCUGUGGUCUCCAGCGUCGCCGAGAUCUGGAGAGAGUCGAAAUGUCCGAGGACGAAGGAGCGCGGCUUCUGUGUCUGUGUUAGCGGUGUCUUUAAAGUCUCUGGGGAAGCGAGGAGUACGCUUCUUGUACCUGACGACCGCGACACACACACACACCCAUAGCUGCGCGUUUGACGGCUGUAUACGUUUACGCGAGUGAUCCUUGAUUUUCCGGUGCAAGCGGGGACGAAGCUGCGGCAGUUCCGAACCUUGCAGAAGUUACGUCGGCAGACAGAAAACACUCACGAGGGGCGAUAAGCAUGAGCAAAGGUUUGAGAGAGGUACGAAGACCACAACAGUGGCCGGACCGAAAAGAUUUCUUGUCAGGUGCACCCAUGAAAGGGUUUAUACCGUACGUAGUUUGUGUUAUGGUUUGUGUGAGUGAGGUGACUCCACAGAAAGCUGGAGUUCGCCGGUUUUUGGUGAAGGAAACGAGGAGAGAAACGCAAGGGAGUGGGGACUGGCAUGCGCGACGCGUUACGCGUCUCGAGUUAUAUUGCGUUGGAAAGCGGACAAAUCACUCUGAAUCCGUGGUGAGGUGUGAGAGGGUACAACACGGUCGCUGCGAGACGAGAGCCGCACUGUGGGGAAGGCGGAAAAGACGCGCAGCCAAACGCAUUUCUUGCUGUACAGCAGCACCAGGCUGCUUUGAAAAGACUGAAAGGGCAGCCGGAUUAAAGCGACAAUUUGUCGUCUGUCUCCUUCGGCGCCCCGCCGUCUCGUUUUUCGACGAUAGUUUUUCGUUUUGUCCAGCCUGCACCCCUCCUGUUUCCGUGGUCUUCCCGUUGUUUCCCGCCAGAAAUUCAGCAUGUCUUGUCAUGUCUCUUCUCCGAAAGCAGACGCUUGUUUCCGAUGAAGACGUUCCUGUGUUUAAACGGAAAAACGUGCAUGUUUGUGUCGCAUUCGCGUGGACUGCGCCGGGCCGAAAGGCAGAGGGUGCAGAUCGCUGCAGCGAUGGAUUCUGGAAACCAUCUGAAAGGGCCAGUGUAUUCGUGACUCGUGUCUGUUCAUUUCUCCCGUUUUGUGUAUUUCCGUUUCGGCUGUACCCGCCUGUUAGGGGAUAGCUGGCCACGUCACCGCGAAAAAGGGACUCUCACAUGCAUCGUGUUCCGCUGGCCGCCAGCGAGAAAAACGGUCGAUGAUGGAACUGCCACACCCAGAUGACUUAAAAUGCCAGUCACCGGGUUCAUGACACCACCUCCUACCGUUUACGAGCGAUACCCCGA